AUGUGUAUGGAAGUCAUGGACGAAUUUGAGGAUACAGAUUCUUACACCGUUGCCGUUAACGGGAAACGUGUUUCGACUGCCAAUACCACCUCGGCUGCUAAUGCUAAAAGGGUUAGGUUGAAUCUAGUAAAAUCACCAGGGUUCAUAGAAAUAUCAUCGUCUGCAAACCGAAAAAUUGUUUGGUACUAUGCUAGAAAUAUAGGGGGGAUAGUGAACUAUAUAGACUUUAUUCACUCACUCGAGUCUGAACUAAUUCAAUUAUUAAAAACACGUGUUCAACUAGGAGCAAUUAAGUUUAAUCUUAAACUCGAGGCUACCUAUAAUCGCCCCAACGUAGUAAACUCGUCAGAGAACCGGGCGUUUAAAACAUCAGCGGUCGAAAUGUUUGCAGAGAGUAACAUUAGUGAGAUUAUAAAGAGAGCGUUUGUUAAUUUAUUGAACGAGAAAAAUGAGUACACCGGGAGAGGUAGCGGUUUUACCAUGGAGUCAAUAGAUGGACUUUUACUAAGUGUAUAUAAAUAUACGCCAAUGGGCGGUUCGUCGUAUAUACAAUUACCUAAGUUACCUUAA